UCUCCGGCCCUCCUUCCGUCGAUCGACAUCGCGUUCCCAUCUUUUUCUCUCGAUUCAUCUCCAAAGAACUCCAAGAUUCCAAGCUCCUUUCUCGCCAAGCCAACGUCCGUUUCCCAAGCUGUCCGCCCCUUUUUCUCGUUGGUUAUACUCUCUCUCUCUCCUCCAUUCGAUUCAUUUCGCUCUCUUGGACUCGAAGCAUCCAAGGAAUCAAUCUCGCUUUCGCUCAGCUUUCCACGUUUUCCCCACGAAAACAAGCGAGAUGGCGAUGUAUUUGGACAACGAUUUGGAGUUCAUGUUGGAGGGCUACAUCGACAUGCUUGAAUUCGACGACGAUGAAGACGACAAUGAUCCAUUCGAAGUGAUCGACCAGCAGCAAGAAAGAUAUGAUUUUGACUUCGAAGGGGGCGAUGACAUGGGAAGGCAGAGGAGUGACACCACGGCUUCCGAGGCUCGGAAUGGGAAGGACAUACAGGGGAUACCGUGGGAGAGGCUUAGUUUUACGCGAGACCAGUACCGGGAGAUGAGGUUGAAGCAGUACAAGAACUACGAGAACCUAUUCCAAUCUCGGGUCCAGCUGGAGAAGGAAUGCAAACAAGUGGAGAAGGGGAGCGGUUUCUAUGAUUUUCAAUACAAUACAAGGCAUGUCAAGUCGUCAAUUGUGCAUUUCCAGGUACUUACUGAUCUCCAAUAGUUCUCCAUUUCAAUUGAAAGUCCAGAAGUUUGGGCUAUGAUUUGUUUACUAAUUUUGUCAAUUAAGAGGGUGCUUAACUGAGUAGUUCAUCAUGUGCUGAUGGAAUGCUUUUUGCCCAUUGUUGUAAUCAGCUAGUUACCUUAGAUCUUUUGGAAGUUUCUAAGAAAGCUAAACUAAUGAAAUUGCAGAACUAAAUCUGUAAAUACAAAACUAUAAAAAACAAAGACAUGAGCCAUGUUGAUGGUGUAUGAUUGAUAGCGAAAAUCAUUUAGAUAUUCUGAGAUUCCAGGCAAAGUUGUGUUAUUGUAUUGUCAGAAUGGUUGGGGCAUGUCUAUGACUAGCACUGUCAAAAAGUGCUGUUAAAUAAAAAAAAAUGAAGUCUGUUUACCUGUUGGAUAAAUACAUAUAAAUAUUUCUUCUUCAGUUUCUAAGGUGCCACCAAUAAGAGAUUCAUGUAAUCAUUAGAUUGUGAACAGGAUCACGCUUCCUUUAUAUUUCAAAUUUAUUAUGGACUUAAUUUUAUGAUUGUAUUUAACUAAUGUGCCAUUAACUCAUAACUAGUGUCACAUGCAGCAUAUCUUCACUCUUUUGGUUGGAAUCUUCCAAUUUUGCAGGUCAUUGGUACAUAUAUUUACAUAUUACAUGGACAUGUGAUUUGACUAUUAAAUUUCUAUCUUUAAUGAAGUAUUUAGCUUUUCGAGGACCAUUGCGAUUUAGGAAGGUAAGGAAUUUAAUUAUUUAUGUUUGAAAUAAUAUUGAACAGAUACAAUAUUUGUCAAUAUUUGUUUUUUAUUUCUUAGUGGAGUUCUAGGUGCAUGCACAAGGUAUGCCUAUAACCCUGAUUUUAUGUCAUUCCUACUGGAACUUAUAUUUACCACUUGGCUUGAGAGCUAUGGUUGUAUCUGUUUGUGAACAUUGGCCUUCAUUGCUCAAAAUGAGGUAAAUUGCAGCAAACUUUACAGGAAAGACAUGGAAAACUGGAAGAAUAUUUAUCAGUUAUUUGAAUUCUGCUGGAGAACUUAGUUGGAAAGCAUUGCAUGCUACUUCAACCUGGAAACUCCUUUGGUUUCUUGUUGGUUUCCCCUGUAUUUUCCAUGUAAUGUUGUUUUCCUUUUCCUGCUUUCGGACAUUUUCUAAGCAUUUUUCUACUUAUCUAGGGCUUCCUACAUUAGUUUCCCACAAUGGCAGAUGUUCUACACUAUGAUUUUUGUCUACCAACCAAUAUCUCUAGAGUACCUUGCUAAUAAUCUAUUUAAAUGGGUGCAAUGUAGAAUGUUUAAUUUAUGAAUAGUGGAUUGGCUUCUCUCUCUCUCUCUCUCUCUCUCUCUCUCUCUCUCUCUCUCUCUCUCUCUCGUUUAAGCAAGGACUGUUUCCCUCCUUACACUCACUACAAGAAAAAUUUGAGGAGAAGAACAUGUAACUUGUACUAUGACUGUUGAUUUCACAAUGGGAGCAAUUUAUCUUAUGUUUUAUCUCAUUCGAUGUUGUCUGGUUCAUGCUGUUCUGCUUCAUUGAACUUUAACCAUUUGAUGUGACUGUUAACCCUCAUGUCUAAAAUUUAGCAGCGGACUGCCGUAUAAUUUGUUCUUUCAGCACUAAAGCAGGCGGAAGUGCUUUAUGCGCAGCUGGCACAGUAAGAAGAUCCUUUUGAUAUGUUGAGGAAUCUACUGUGGGCAACCACGAAGCAUGACGUCUACAUGAUGCAGAACUACUCAGUUAUGCACUGGUCAUCUUUGCGCCAGAGAAGCAAGGAAGUACUCAAUGUAGCUGGACAGAUUGCACCAACCAAGCGAAGUCGUGGAUCUUCAGUUCAGCCUGUUUCAAGGGUACAGGUCAGCACAAUGGCUGUAAAAGAUAACUUAAUGGUUGCUGGUGGUUUCCAAGGGGAGCUCAUAUGUAAGUACCUGAAUCAACCUGGAGUGGUCUUCAGUACAAAAGUAACUAAUGAUGAGAAUGCCAUCACCAAUGCAGUGGAGAUCUAUCAAACCUCUAAUGGUUCCACCCAUUUGAUGACCGCUAACAAUGACUGCCUUGUGAGGGCCUUUGACACUGAGAACUUCACCUUGCUCAGUCAAUUUCCAUUUUCUUGGUCUGUGAAUAGUACUUCCGUUAGCCCUAAUGGCAAGCUUCUUGCUGUUCUUGGGGACAGCGUAGACUGUCUUAUAGCAGAUUCCAAGUCAGGAAAAGUAAUUGGAAAUCUCAAGGGACACUUGGAUUAUUCCUUUGCAUCAGCUUGGCAUCCAGAUGGACAUAUCCUGGCUACAGGGAACCAAGACACGACCUGCCGGUUAUGGGAUGUGAGAAAUCUAUCAGAGUCCUUUGCUGUACUUAAGGGGAGGAUGGGCGCAAUCCGGGGCGUCAAAUUCUCUGCAGAUGGCCGUUUCAUGGCCAUGGCUGAGCCAGCUGAUUUUGUUCACAUACAUGAUGCGAGGGCUGAUUACUGCAAAGCCCAGGAGAUCGAUCUUUUUGGGGAGAUUGCUGGCAUGUCUUUUAGCCCUGAUACUGAGGCUUUCUUUGUGAGCACAGCAGACCGCACCUAUGGGAGCCUGUUGGAGUUCAGCAGGAGGCAUCAUUAUCAAUAUACGGAUUGUUUCCUGUGAUUGAGAGAAGGCUUGAUUGGUAGUUUUCCCCUGCGGACCGAUGAGCUAUAUUUAUCAGGUCAAAAGAAACGGGGAUAGUAGAUGUGUCACUGGAAUUCUUCUAUGGUUUUGGGAGAGAUUUUGAUAAUUGAUCUUAUAGAAGGUGGUUUUCAUUUCCUAAAUGCUGCAUAGGAAAAGUUUGGAAAGUGAUCUUCCUUCUUGUACAGGAGUUGUGGUUAAUAGGUUUCUGUAGUCGUGUAAAGUGGUUGGUGUUCAUCUGGAGGACAUCUUGUUUUAAAUUGGAUCCUCCCCACUUUUUUUAUUCUUCCAUAUAUGACUCUCUUUUCUACACUAUUUGUUACAGAAGCUACUUGUACUUACAAAAUUUUGGAUGUGUAUAUCUAUAGCUCUACAGAGUUGUCAGCUCACAA